AUGUCAUUCACACCAUUUAUCCUCGUCACAGACCGGCUGGUCUUCGUGCCGACACCCAUAUCCGAAUCCAUACCCGGAUACAGAACCCUCUUCAAAAAACUACACGAGGACCACGAGUUCUGCGGCAUGGGCUUCGGAGAUGCCUUCCCCGCGAAAUCCUGGACAGACGACCAGAUCAGAUACGAACUCCUCGGUCGGGAUGUCAAACGCUGGCACGCCCGAAACAUGGGCGACUUUGCAGUGGGGAUUCUGCCCACGAAAGACGGAGUCUUUGCCGGAGGAAGGAGAUUGAAGAAAUUGCCUGAAGUGCGGAUCAUCGAACUCGAGGGGAGUGAUCUGAGCUGGCAAGAGGUUGACUGGGUGGGAUAUUCGUGUGCUAGGGACUGCAUACCUAUGCUCCCGCCGCGUGGUGAAGGGGACGCGCCGCUUCCGCCGUGGCAGGAGAUGCUGGAGAUGAGGUAUGGUGUUAGUCCUGAGCAUUGGGGCAAGGGAAUUGCUCUUGAGGCGACGAGGGUGGUGGUUCAGUGGGCGGUUGAGGAGAGGGGAGCGAGGAGGUUUAUUGCCGAGACGCUGAAGUCGAAUAGGAGGAGUGGUAGGGUUUUGGAGAAGUUGGGGUUUAGGAUUGUUGAUACGGAUUACUUUAAGGAGCGGAAUGUGUUGGAUGAGUGGGAGAUGGUUGUGUCUUAG